UGUCCUGUUUCAGUGGCGGUUUGGUUAUCAAGAAUAUACUUUUGGAUGAUCUCUAAUGGAGCUUCGAACGCAUCUCCCACUCAAAACCCCCAAAUUUCCAUGCUCUCUCUCCCACUCUGAGCCUGGAUUUGAGCAAUGGUGAAGCUUUUUGGGUACCUUUUCAUCAUCACCAGCUUCUUCAGCUUUGCUCUUUGCCUUGGCGGAGAGGAAUCGGUUCUCCGCCAGCCGAAUGAGAAGGCUCCGCUGCGUUUUUCCGCCGAUUCAACGUUCAAGAUUACGCUUUUUGCUGACCUGCACUAUGGGGAGGCUGCCUGGCUUGACUGGGGGCCAGAACAGGACCGUAAUUCAUCCAGGGUUCUCUCGGCGGUGCUCGAUAGUGAAAUUCCUGACUUUGUAAUCUACUUGGGGGAUGUCAUCACUGCGAACAACCUUCCAGUUCCCAAUGCAAGCAUGUAUUGGGAUCAGGCCAUUUCUCCGACGAGAAACAGAGGAAUACCUUGGGCAACAUUAUUUGGAAACCAUGAUGAUGCACAAUUUGAGUGGCCACCUGAAUGGUUUUCUGCUUCUGGAAUUCCACAAGUCUCCUGUCCACCUGCAGAUUUUUCAUUUUCAGGAGAAGAGUGUUAUUUUGGAGGAACACCAAGAGUGGAACUGAUGAAGAUGGAGAUAGAAAAAAACAAGUUAUCCUACUCAGCGAGUGGUCCAAAGGAGUUAUGGCCUAGUGUGUCUAACUAUAUUUUGAGAGUAUUAUCAGCCAAAGAUGGGGCAUCACCAGUUGUUUUCCUGUAUUUUCUUGAUUCCGGUGGUGGAUCCUAUCCGGAAGUUAUAUCUAGAGCUCAGGUUGAUUGGUUUAAUCAUAAGUCAAAAGCAAUCAAUCCAGAUGAAAGUGUACCUGAGGUUAUAUUUUGGCAUAUACCAAGUACGGCAUAUGAAAAGAUUGCUCCUAGACCAAGGUCUGCUAUACAAAGACCGUGUGUUGGUUCUUUAAAUGAAGAGUCUGUUGCUCCACAAGAAGCUGAAUGGGGGAUUAUUGAUAUUUUUACAAAGAGGUCUUCUGCUAAGGCACUCUUUGUUGGUCACAAUCAUGGGCUGGACUGGUGCUGCCCCUACGAAAAACUCUGGUUAUGCUUCGCUCGUCACAGUGGUUAUGGCGGAUACGGAACCUGGCCUCGAGGCGCAAGAAUCAUCGAGAUGACCGAACAUCCAUUCUCACUUAAAUCUUGGAUUAGGAUGGAAGACAACACAGUACACAGUGAAGUCACCUUGAGUUCCUGAACUACCAAAAAGUGAUUGAUUACUCAAAGUAACUGGUAUGUGUUGUAACCAUUGAACUGCAAAUGUCAUGCAUGAAUAAUUACUCUUUUUCCGAUUAAACUACAAAACAAAGUUGUUUUCUCUGGUGAUAAUUGAUAGUUAUCCAAAGACUAAAGUGGUACAAACUUAUUAAGGCAAUGAAGAUGACAUGGAAAAUGUGAUAGAUAGAGAUA